AUGUCAGGAUUUGUGGAGGUUAACUCUAGUGUCGCUACAGCUAACUCUGGUGCCGCUACAGCUAACUCUGGUGCCGCUACAGCUAGCUCUGGUGCAGCUACAGCUAGCUCUGGUGCCUCUACAGCUAGCUCUGGUGCCGCUACAGCUAACUCUGGUGCAGCUACAGCUAACUCUGGUGCCUCUACAGCUAACUCUGGUGCCGCUACAGCUAACUCUGGUGCCGCUACAGCAAACUGUGGUGCAGCUACAGCUAACUAUGGUGCAGCUACAGCUAACUCUGGUGCCACUACAGCUAGCUCUGGUGCCGCUACAGCUAACUCUGGUGCCGCUACAGCUAACUCUGGUGCCGCUACAGCUAACUCUGGUGCCUCUACAGCUAACUCUGGUGCCUCUACAGCUAACUCUGGUGCAGCUACAGCUAGCUCUGGUGCUGCUACAGCUAACUCUGGUGCAGCUACAGCUAGCUCUGGUGCUGCUGCAGCUAACUCUGGUGCCUCUACAGCUAACUCUGGUGCAUCUACAGCUAACUCUGCCACUACAGCUAACUCUGGUGCCACUACAGCUAACUCUGGUGCCGCUACAGCUAACUCUGGUGCCGCUACAGCUAACUCUGGUGCCACUACAGCUAACUCUGGUGCCUCUACAGCUAACUCUGAUGCCUCUACAGCUAACUCUGGUGCCUCUACAGCUAACUCUGGUGCCUCUACAGCUAACUCUGGUGCCGCUACAGCUAACUCUGGUGCCUCUACAGCUAACUCUGGUGCCGCCGCUACAGCUAACUCUGGUGCCUCUACAGCUAACUCUGGUGCCUCUACAGCUAACUCUGGUGCCGCUACAGCUAACUCUGGUGCCGCUACAGCUAACUCUGGUGCCUCUACAGCUCACUCUGGUGCCUCUACAGCUCACUCUGGUGCCACUACAGCUAACUCUGGUGCCACUACAGCUAACUCUGGUGCCGCUACAGCUAACUCUGGUGCCUCUACAGCUCACUCUGGUGCCUCUACAGCUCACUCUGGUGCCACUACAGCUAACUCUGGUGCUACUACAGCUAACUCUGGUGCCUCUACAGCUAACUCUGGUGCCGCUACAGCUAACUCUGGUGCCACUACAGCGAACUCUGGUGCCUCUACAGCUAACUCUGGUGCCGCUACAGCUAACUCUGGUGCCUCUACAGCUAACUCUGGUGCCUCUACAGUAGUACAGAUGCUGUGCAUGGUCCCUGAUCAAGUACAUUGUAAGUGACUUGAAGUUCCCCAUAUCAUCAAGUCCUUCACGUUGUGUUAAUCCAACCCUUGGGUUAGUAAAUGUUAUUAAUACGUGGCAGAGUGUAUAAAUCUAAAAAAUUAGGCACCACAUCUCUCACACUCUCCCAGAUGUAGAGUUCCUCCAUUUAAGCAGAUAGUAGCUGGACACCAAAGGGGUUUUAAUCAUUGGUAAUUGAAGACCCUGCUGGGAGCAAAUGAGCCUGACAGCAGAGACAGCAGAUUCUCCUGCCAUUUGCUCUCUCUGGCUGUACAUAUUCACUGCAGCACCGCCC